UGUUGUUGUUCAUCUUCUUCUCAUCCUUUGUUCCUCCUUUCACAACUCCAAAGUUGAAACUCGAAAGCGCGUAAUAUUAAUAAUCGUAACAAACAAGAGAGAGAACAGAACUACUACUGUUUCUUUUUUUGCCUUUGUUUCUCUGCCCCUUUGUGCAGCGUCUCACACACCAAUGGAAGAACCAAGUGGUUGCAACAAGAGCGCUCCAAAAGGAAAAAAGGAUGACCUUUACCAUGUACUUCACAAGGUCCCUUAUGGAGAUAGCCCUUAUGUCAGAGCUAAGCAUGCCCAGCUGGUAGAAAAGGACCCGGAAGCUGCAAUUGUAUUAUUUUGGAAAGCAAUAAAUUCUGGGGAUAAAGUGGACAGUGCUCUAAAGGAUAUGGCAGUAGUGAUGAAGCAAUUGGACAGAUCUGAUGAAGCCAUUGAAGCCAUUCGUUCAUUUAGAAGCCUUUGCUCCAAACAAUCCCAAGAGUCCCUUGAUAAUGUAUUAAUAGAUCUUUAUAAGAAAUGUGGAAAAAUAGAUGAGCAAAUAGAAAUGCUGAAGCGAAAGUUGAAGUUGAUCUACCAAGGUGAGGCCUUCAAUGGGAAACUCACCAAGACAGCAAGGUCUCAUGGCAAGAAGUUCCAAGUUUCUAUCAAACAAGAAACUUCAAGAUUACUGGGAAACCUGGGCUGGGCCUAUAUGCAAAAGAUGAACUACAUGAUGGCUGAGGUGGUGUAUCGGAAAGCCCAAAUAAUUGAUCCGGAUUGUAACAAGGCCUGUAACUUGGGCCUGUGCCUCAUCAGACAAGCCAGAUAUGAAGAGGCACAAUUGAUUCUUGAAGAUGUAUUAAAAGGAAAUCUUCCCGGCUCAGAUGAUAGCAAGGCAAGGAAACGGGCCCAAGAUCUCCGAACAGAGUUGAGAUCCAUGCUACCGCCACCACAUUUCUCAGAUCUUUUGGGCCUAGAUGAUGAGUUCAUCAAAGGACUGGAACAAUUGAUGAAUGAAUGGGGCCCAAUUAGAUCAAAGAGACUUCCAAUUUUUGAGGAGAUUUCUUCAUUUAGAGAUCAAUUAGCAUGUUAAGAUCAUACUUUGUGUAUAUAGCUUUCAUACAUUGGGUUGGGUAAUAGGUGUUUAUGAAGAACUAGCUUCUUUUUGUUUUCUUUUUCCUAUUUUUGAUGAAGUGGUGGGUGUUGCUUUUUUUGUAAGAGUGAGGAAUUAAAUAGAGUGAAGAACUUGAUGUAAAUUAAUUAUGAAAACAAAGUAAUAAGCCUAGUAUUUUAUAAACUCCAAUAAGAAGUUAUUGCAA